GUUCAUCUCAUUCUAAUAUAUAUUCAUAUAUUAUAAGAUCUAAGAAUUUAUGAUUUAUUGUAUACAUUCAUAUGUAUGUAGAAGUAUAUUUGUAGUUUAAUUUAAGAAAAAGUAUGUAUACUUAUAUAUUGAGCGGGUCGGGUCGGGGCGGCACGGGUCAAUUCUAAUACCCGGACCCGCCCCAUUGUAUAGGCGGGGCGGGGCGGACCCGCCCCAUUUGCAAGACCGCCCCGCCCCAAAUGUCUUGGGCCAGGGCAGGUCAUUGUGGGUCGGGGUUUUUUGACAUCUCUACUCCAGUCCAGCAGUUCACCAGUUCCAGCAGUCCAACAACCAAUCAGCUCCAGCAGUCCAGUAGCCUGCUUAAGCCCAGUUCCAGUUUUGAAGCUACAACACCCGUCCAGGCUUCAAGCUCCAAGUCCAAUCCAGCCCAACACUUGGGCAGCUCAAACUCCAGUCCAAAUCCAAGCUUACGUUCUGUUUCCUUCCAUAGCGUCUGGGUCCAGGCAUCAGCAACACGCUUCAGCAACACGGAAUUUCAAUCGGCGAUUUAGAGCGAGCGGCGAUGAGUUUCAGAGACUACGGACGUCCAGCAGUGGCGAGCGGCGAAUGUCCACCUCCAGGUCCGACGAGCGACAGACGGAUUUGGGACGACAAAAGCUCCUGCGGCUUCCAGGCGACAGCUGACUUCCAACCGGACGAAUUUGAGAUGGCAGAGCUCCAACGAGCCUUCUCAGUGGCAAGCAACCUCCAGCCACGAGUAACAGACUUCCAGCGACAGGUCUGUAAGCCUCCAAUUCCAGUUAAGCACUGCGUCAAGCAGGGGCGGAUCUAACUUUCACAUUCAGCGGGGGCCUAACUUUAAUUAAAAAAUGGAUAUUGAAUAAAACAUUUAAUCUAGCAAUAAAAUCAAAGACAAAAAUAAACAUUAUAGGAAUAAAAGUUUUUAUUAAAGUCAAAUGCAAUAAACACCAUAAUUUUACAAUUGUUCUCUAUAGAUUUUCAUCGAUUUAUAUCGUUUGAUAAUGACAUCAUUGUCAAUAUUCAAGAAGAUGUCUCUUUCUACAUAAACAACAAGUCUAUCAUUGAGCCGGUCAUCACUCAUCCGGUUUCUCAACCUAACUUUCAUGAUAUUUAUUGCUGAAAAUACUCUUUCAACACUACAUCAUGCUCAAACAGUUGACAAGGGCCUUUAUGCAAAUAUGCUAUUCGAACUUGAUCUCUGAUAUUUGGAUUAUAUCUUGAGAUCGGUAGUCUCAAUCCACGGUCAGAUAGGAGUUGGUAAGAAUCAAACUCAUUAGUGGUCAAUGAUUGUAGGGUAUUUAUGUUGUUUUGUUCGUCAUUUGUUGUUGAAUUUUCUUGAAUUAUGGUUGAUGCACUAGAAAUCUUGAUGAGCUACUUCCAUUAGUUCCUACUUCAACAGGGUUAUAGAAUCACUUCAUUACAAAUAAAG